AUAGAAAUACAAUGCCGGUGUUCUUGUUUCAAUUCCCAAAUCCAAAAAAGCACACGAUGUAUUUAUUCACUGCCAUUCCCAUAACGGGAAUCAAUCUUUAUUCCUUCACCCAUACUCCAAGAUUCUGAUCCUAUAUAAUUCACCAACUCCUCUCCCGGAUCGUGAUUUACAGCCAUGGCAGCAGCCUCCAUACGCCUCCGCCGCCUCGGCGCAGUCGCCGCCGUUGCCGGAGGUGCCUACUUCACCGUACUCAGCAGCCCUCCGGUAGCCUCCAGUGACCGCGGCGCACCCCCCGGCGUCUCCACCGCCGCUGUAAGGCAGAGAAUUACGGACCCUUUUGCCGCCGUCCCGUCUCGCGCCGUCCAGGAGUCGGCUCUGAUCGGGUCCGGCGCGGCUAACCCCCUCGACGUCCUCGUCAUCGGCGGCGGCGCCACCGGCUGCGGCGUCGCGCUGGAUGGGGCCACGCGCGGACUCCGCGUCGGGCUUGUCGAGCGUGAUGAUUUCUCAUCUGGGACUUCGUCGAGGUCCACUAAACUCAUCCAUGGAGGAGUUCGUUAUUUGGAAAAGGCCGUUUUCAACUUAGAUUACGGGCAGUUAAAGCUCGUCUUCCAUGCCCUUGAGGAGCGUAAACAAGUUAUCGACAAUGCCCCCCACCUCUGCCAUGCUCUGCCGUGCAUGACGCCAUGUUUUAACUGGUUCGACGUGGUUUACUACUGGAUGGGAUUGAAAAUGUACGAUUUGGUAGCUGGCCGACGCUUGCUCCACCUGUCGAGAUACUAUUCGGCGCAGGAGUCGGUAGAACUCUUCCCCACUUUGGCAAGAAAGGGAAACGAUCGUAGUUUGAAAGGAACCGUGGUCUAUUACGAUGGGCAGAUGAACGAUUCGCGUCUAAAUGUUGCGUUAGCGUGUACCGCCGCUUUAGCAGGAGCUGCUGUGCUUAACCAUGCCGAAGUGAUAUCUUUUCUUAGGGACGAGGGUUCUGGGCGGAUAAUCGGUGCUCGGAUAAGAAAUAAUUUAUCAGGCAAAGAGUUCGAUACAUACGCAAAAGUGGUAGUAAAUGCGGCUGGUCCUUUCUGCGAUUCCGUAAGGAAGAUGGUAGACGAAGAAGCAAAGCCAAUGAUAUGUGCAAGCAGCGGUGUCCAUAUCGUGCUACCCGAUUACUAUUCUCCAGAAGGAAUGGGAUUAAUCGUUCCCAAAACGAAGGAUGGACGUGUUAUCUUCAUGCUUCCGUGGCUAGGGAGAACAGUUGCCGGCACCACCGAUUCAAACACCAGUAUUACGAUGCUUCCGGAACCUCACGAGGAUGAGAUUCAAUUCAUAUUAGAUGCCAUCUCCGAUUAUCUAAACAUUAAGGUCCGACGAGUGGAUGUUUUGUCAGCAUGGAGCGGCAUUCGACCACUGGCAAUGGACCCCACCGCUAAGAACACCGAGAGCAUCUCCAGAGACCAUGUUGUCUGUGAAGAUUAUCCGGGUUUAGUUACAAUCACCGGUGGAAAAUGGACCACUUAUAGAAGUAUGGCAGAGGAUGCCCUUGAUGCAGCUAUAAAGUCUGGAAAGUUGAGUCCGGCAAAUGAGUGUGUAACAUCUAAUCUACAGCUAAUCGGUGCUGAUGGGUGGGACCCGGCAUCUUUCACUGUACUAGCGCAGCAAUAUGUGCGUAUGAAGAAAUCGUACGGUGGGAAGGUUGUUCCUGGUGCAAUGGACACUGCUGCUUCGAAGCAUUUAUCACAUGCUUACGGGACUUUUGCUGAACGAGUAGCUGCCAUUGCUCAGAAUGAAAACCUGGGGAAGAGACUAGCCCAUGGAUACCCAAUCCUGGAAGCUGAGGUGGCAUACUGCGCUCGUCACGAGUACUGUGAGUCAGUAGUUGACUUCAUAGCAAGAAGGUCCCGUCUUGCUUUUCUCGAUACCGAUGCAGCCAAUAGGGCAGUGCCACGUAUCAUUCAGAUAUUGGCUGCUGAACACAAAUGGGACAAGUCGAGGCAAAAGCUGGAAUUACAAAAAGCCCAAGAAUUUCUCGAGACUUUCAAAUCAUCGAAAAAUGCCCAGUUUCAUGACGGCAAACACAACUAAUAUUAUAUUCGACGAGUUUUUUUUUUAUGUCAAAAAGUGCUUAUACUAUUAGCCAAAAGGUUUAUAGUUCUUCUUCCCCUUUGAAUUUAUGUUCGAAUAGUUUGGCUACUGAGUAUCCUUUUUUCCUAGUAUACGAUAUUAUUUCUUUCUAGUUCGAACCUAUCUUAAUUACUACGCACACAGAUAUUUUCGAUUUUCAAAAUGUGUAUGGUUGUCGUUCCGGUACGACUCGUACCGAUUGGUCUUCGUUUUGUAAUACGCAAUUUAUUCUCCUACCUUUCGACUUGGUAAGGAGGAUACAAUAAAAGUUGCACAUUCAUUUUAACUAAAAUUAAAUAAAAAUACAGAGUUUGAUUUGAAUAAA